UACUUCCGGGUGUCUGCUGUAACUUCGGCUGUCAAGUGGCGCGGGAGGUUCUUGAGUUGGCAGGACCCGGGCAUGGCGGGAUUGAGCGCCCGGGAGAAAGCGGGCUGCCGGCAGCUGUUCGAGCAGCUCGAUACUAAUGACGUGCUGUCCUUAGCGGAGACGGUGACCAACCGUAUGAUCCGGGUGUUCGGCAGAGAAGAAGCCAUUGAUGCGAUAUUAACAUACAGCCAGAAUGCCACAGAACUCCUUAAGCGCAGAAAGGUUCACCGAGAAGCAAUUUUUAAGUAUCUAGCCGCCCAGCUGAUCACCGUGCCUCCAUCAAGUGAAAAGAAUCUGCUGAUCCAGCGGGUUAUCGAGCACUGGAAAGACCCGGUUAUCCGACAGAAACCUCCUACUGUAUCAGAGGCAACGAAAGAAGCCAAAUCAAACAUCGGGUCGCUUGACUGUCAACUACUUGGAGAGCAAUUUUGCAAAUGGUUUUUCCAGCUCCUCAACUCUCAGAACCCAGUACUGGAGCAACAAAAGGGCGACUGGGGACCUCAGCACUUCUGGGAGAACGCAGUCCUAAAGUUUGCGUAUAGUACAACCGAGUCGAACAUGGAAGAAUAUAACGGAGCCCACAUGGCGAGCUUACGGCUGCUUUCACUCGCCCGAGAGGAGAGACUGCUCUUUCAUCCUAACCUUGAUGCCAAGGGCUUAAAAUGUGUAACUUCUCCUCAUGGACUGGUGGUGGUAGCAGUUGCUGGGACAAUCCAUAGAAACAAUGUAUGUCUGGGAAUCUUUGAGCAGAUAUUUGGACUUAUUCGCUGUCCGGUUGUUGAAAAUUGGAAGAUACGUUUUGUUAAUCUUAAAGUUUUGGGACAGACCAGCUUGGGGGGCUCUCCAGAGUCACUCCCUAUGCCUUCCAUUCACUACCAGACAGGUGAAUUGGAGAGAUUUUAUAACUAAAACCUGUUUUUACUAAACACACAAUUACAUUUUUGUUAACGACAUCACACAGUAUAUGCAAGUCUGCUUGGUUUCUAAGCAUUCAUUUUAUUUUUUUUAAAUGUAUAAUUUCCCAGGUUGAUUUGACUGUAGGAUUGUUGGGAAAACCUUUUUUAUGUUUGAUUUUCUCUUGUUAGGAAUUUCAUUGUUUUUAUUUGAGAUAUCUGAAAGGCACUGCCCUUAUUCUUCAUUUUAUUUACAUGACUGUUCUAUUACCAACAAUUUAAGGCAACACACAGUUUGUUUCACUGGUUGUUGAUUACAAAAAUAAAUAAUUUGUCUUUAAAAGCAA